CGGUCGUCGUGCGGUUCGCUUCUAUUGUUUCUCUUCCGUUUCUCUGUGAUCUCGACAAUAUCCUUGUUAUCCUUUCGGUUCAAAAAAUAAUCAAAUAAAUAAGGACAAUGCGUUUGAUCACGGCUUCCUUUUUCCUGGUGGCACUUGUUGCUUCAUCCUCAAACAUUUGGCCAGCGAGCGCCCUUGAGUGCUAUCAAUGCCAAGGAUCUGCCUGUGAUGACUGGGAAAAUGUUCCUUUGAUUUCUUGCAAUGUGGAUGAGAUAGUCACGAGUUCCACUACGGUUUCUACAACUGAAUCCACAACUGAGUCUACUACGGAAUCUAGUCCUGGAUCUAGUACGGGAUCUAGUACAGGAUCUUCCACGGAGUCUACAACGGAGUCUACUACGGAAUCCACUACGGAAUCUACUACGGAGUCUACUACGGAAUCCACUACGGAAUCUACUACGGAAUCCACUACGGAAUCCACUACGGAAUCUACUACGGAAUCUACCUCUGAGUCUACUACGGAAUCCACUACGGAAUCUACUACGGAAUCUACUACGGAAUCCACUACGGAAUCUACUACGGAAUCUACUUCGGAGUCUUCUACAGAGUCUACAAGCGAGUCUACAACGGUAACUUCGACAGAAUCUUCAUCAGAAGCUACGACACCGUCUACAACGGAGUCUACUUCAGGGUCUACAACGGCGUCUCCGGCUGAGUCUGAGUCCACUACUGCUUCCACAGCCUCUCCAUCAGAAGCUACGACCCCGUCUACAACGGAGUCUACUUCAGAGUCUACAACGGCGUCUCCGGCUGAGUCUGAGCCCACUACUGCUUCCACAGCAGUGGCUUCAUCAGAAGCUACGACACCGUCUACAACGCAGUCAACAACCGAGUCAACCACGGAGCCUUCAACGGAGUCCACAACCACCACUGAAAGUGCAGCACCAACAGCAGCACCCAGCGCUGGAAGUCGCCGCCGUCGAUCCCUAACCGCCCAAGCCGCCGAUAUCCUCCUCCAAAAUUACCGCAACCUGAACCGGGAUUUGGAUGUCGAAUAUAAGACGGCAGCCUGUUACAGUAUCAACAAGGAUGGAGAAACCUACCGUGGCUGCAUUAGGGUGCCAGUAGGACAAUCCGGCUGCCAGGCUGUCCGGACGGAGCUCGGCCUGCCCGAGAAUACCGAUGCCAAUGAUGGAUGUGACCUCUGUCUGACGGACAAGUGCAACGGUAGCGCCGGCCUGAAGGUUUCCCUCGGAGCGAUGCUCCUGCUUCUGGUUCUGGGAGUGAAGAACCUUCUGUAAAAUAAUUAUUUCCGGCUCGCCGAACAGUUGUAUUAUAAUUCUAUGUGUAUAUUUGUACUGGCUAGGUGGUUUUCAUUCUUAUUUAAGAAAUAAAAAAUUAACAAAACAAA